GUUGAAACCACUCUUCAUUCGCCUCUCGUCGAGUAAACGUUAAUCUUAAACCUAUACAACAUGUCUGGCCGUGGCAAAGGUGGAAAAGUUAAGGGAAAGUCCAAGACUCGCUCUAACAGAGCUGGUUUACAAUUCCCAGUUGGUCGUAUUCAUCGUCUCCUACGUAAAGGCAAUUAUGCUGAACGUGUUGGUGCUGGAGCUCCAGUUUACCUGGCUGCAGUGAUGGAGUACUUGGCCGCUGAGGUUCUCGAGUUGGCAGGCAACGCCGCUCGUGACAACAAGAAGACUAGGAUCAUCCCUAGACAUCUCCAGUUGGCCAUUCGUAAUGAUGAGGAGUUGAACAAACUCUUAUCAGGAGUCACCAUUGCUCAGGGUGGUGUCCUGCCAAACAUCCAGGCUGUUCUCUUGCCCAAGAAAACCGAGAAGAGCAGCUCGUAAAUCAAGCUUCAUUCGGUUAAACAAAAUCGGCCCUUUUCAGG